UCCAAAUUCCACACGUGAUAAGAGGGACGGACAACAACAUGAGCUGUGCAGCGAAGCCUAUAAAAGUGCUCGGGCUGGAAAAGUAGACUACAUCCUGGAAAUUUCAGCAGUUUCGAAAGCUUACAUCUUACGAACAGAAGAGGUACAGAAUGAACACAGAAUGGACUCCCACGCUGUGGCGUGAUACUUUCGACGAAAUGUUGGAAGAAGAAUUAGAAUACAAUGACAGCUGGGUUUUUCAGUUCAACUACAGCCUACAAGAGAAUCUCUCUAAAGAGGAGAGGAGGAGGGGAUGGAAGAUCUACUGCCACUGUGCCUACGGAAAAUUUAGGUGUGGUACCUGUUCCAAAGAUUGGUCAUCGGCCCGGGUUACUCUUCUCUUCCACUACCGCCUGCGCAGCGAGGCAGCCCGGGGGACGGUGAUCAUGCGACCCUUCAGACAGGCGUGCCGGGGCUGCAGUGGGAACUUUCAGCUCCCAGGGUUCUCCAUGGAGGAAGUAGAGAAGGUCCUGCUCAAGCUGAUUGGCAAGAUCAAGAAGAACUGCUACGGUGAAGAGGAAGAGGACAACAGCGAUUCCUGCUCCCCUGAGAAAGUGCGGACGAAGCCGCAUGAGAGUUCGCUGUGUGAGGCCUGUAAUCAGGGGAUCUGCUGUGUGGAAGACUAGUUUCCACAGAGCCUAGUCUAGGAACUGGGAAAGGAAACAUUGUGAUUACCUCAGGAGCCCCAGCAGGCAACAUGAGGUGCUCAACUGCUUACCUGAGACAAAUAAUUUCAAAAUUGUUUUUUUUUUUUUUUACAAAGACAGAAAAAAUGCACUUCUGUCAGGACCACUGUCAUCAAAGUAGAACUUUAUUGACAAUAAAGGCAAUACAGUUAUGUUUGGCGGUAUGGCUCUGUUCUGGAGCUCUCCUGCCAACCACGCAACCCCGGUGGAUAAGGCCGGGAGGCCAGCAGCCAAAUCCUCCUAGAGGGGUACACACAGAACAGAUCCAGCGGCAAAGCAAGUUCUUAACACGUAGGGAUGGAGCAAUGCAAUUUCUUAACACAUAGGGAUGGAGCAAUACAAAUUCUUAACACAUAGGAAUGGAGAAAUGCAAAUUCUUGACACAUAGGGAUGGAGCUGGGGUGGUGGAGGGGAUUUACAAAGCAACGUGCAGCAGCUUGCAUGCAGGAGGAGCAGCCGAAUGAGUAGAGGGAGGCUGUUUAAGUAGACCGCCCUGUUAAGUGAAUGUACUGUGAUAGGCGAACAUCACUCAGCUGAGCCAUCAGCUGAUUCAGCCGGAUUGCCUGACUCUCGUGGCCUGCCAGAACUAGGCGAUGCUCCAUUUUAUGCAAUAUAUAUUUAACCAAUGCAAUAUGGAAGAAAAUAUUUUGUCUAAUAUGUUUGGAACCAUAUAUAUAUAUAUAUAUAUAUAUAUAUAUAUAUAUAUCACAGUCUCUGAGGAGAGAGAGAGAGAGACGGCCUGAGGGCUAGGAGUUGUUUGCAGGGGUGAGUAAUAAAAUCUCAUGUUCAUCUCACAA